CUCGCCGCUCCAGGAGUGGCUGUGACUCCAGUACCGCGUGGCCAGAAAGCUGGGGAAUGAGAGGCGCGGGGGAUCCAAGCGCGCUCGCGGGCAUUGCGAACCUUCGCAGCAACUCGCCUUAGAAGAGAGCUAGAGAAGAAGUUUCUUUGUACUACUGCAAACAUUUUUGGCCAAUGGGAUUGCGCCUCCGCGGUUUGGCUUCCCGCCUCUUUAUUGUGGGUUUAAUCCCUGCUCUGUCUUCCGUCUCCCGUGUCCCCCGGGGUGCAGCCGAGAGCCCUCAGGCGCGCCCGAGUCCGGGGCACAGGCUGUCACGCCCUCCGAGGAAGGAAGGUGACCGCCGGGCCGCUUCUCGGUAGCCCGCGCCGCGCCCCAGGCGGAGGCGGAUCGCUAGAUAGCAGUAGCCGGCGGUGCUGAGAAGUCCGGGGUGCGAGUAGUAGUAGCCGGCGGUGUUGCGGAGUUCGGCGUGCGAACGGCAUGGAGUCGCUUAACAUCACCCGGGAGCAGUUCUCCCGGCUGCUGCGGAGCCACAAUCUGACGCGGGAGCAGUUCAUCGCGCUAUAUAGACUGCGGCCGCUCGUCUACACCCCGGAGCUGCCUCGACGCGCCAAGCUGGCUUUCGUGCUCACCGGUGUGCUCAUCUUCGGUCUGGCGCUUUUUGGCAACGCGCUGGUGGUCUACGUGGUGACCCGCAGCAAGGCCAUGCGCACCGUCACUAACAUCUUCAUCUGCUCGUUGGCGCUCAGCGACCUGCUCAUUGCUUUCUUCUGCAUCCCGGUCACCAUACUUCAGAACAUCUCCGACAACUGGCUAGGGGGUGCCUUCAUUUGCAAGAUGGUGCCAUUUGUUCAGUCUACCGCGAUAGUGACAGAAAUUCUCACUAUGACCUGCAUCGCUGUGGAAAGGCACCAGGGGCUUGUGCAUCCUUUUAAAAUGAAGUGGCAGUAUACCAACCGAAGGGCUUUCACAAUGCUGAGUGUGGUCUGGCUGGUGGCAGUCAUUGUGGGAUCACCUAUGUGGCACGUGCAACGACUGGAGAUUAAGUAUGACUUCUUGUUUGAAAAAGAACAUAUCUGCUGCCUGGAAGAGUGGACCAGCCCUGUGCACCAGAAAAUCUACACCACUUUUAUCCUGGUCAUCCUUUUUCUCCUGCCUCUUUUGGUGAUGCUCAUCCUGUACAGCAAAAUCGGUUAUGAACUUUGGAUAAAGAAAAAAGUGGGGGACAGUUCAGUGCUUCGAACUAUUCAUGGAAAAGAAAUGUCAAAAAUAGUCAGGAAAAAGAAGAGAGCUGUCACCAUGAUGGUGACAGUGGUGGUGCUCUUCGCCGUGUGCUGGGCACCCUUCCAUGUCGUCCACAUGAUGCUUGAAUACAGUAAUUUUGAAAAGGAAUAUGAUGAUGUCACAAUCAAGAUGAUUUUUGCUAUUGUGCAAAUAAUUGGAUUUUUCAAUUCCAUCUGUAACCCCAUUGUUUAUGCAUUUAUGAAUGAAAACUUUAAGAAAAACUUUUUGUCUGCAGUUUGUUAUUGCAUAGUAAAAAAAUCCUUAUCUCCAGCACGAAGGCAUGGCAAUUCAGGAAUUAUGAUGAUGCAGAAGAAAGCAAAGUUUUCUUGGAAAGAGAACACAGUAGAGGAGAUGAAAGGAGAAACAUUCAGUGAUGGCAACAUUGAAGUCAAAUUGUGUGAACAACCAGAGAAGAAAAAAAAUCUCAAAAGACAUCUUGCCCUGUUUAAUUCUGAACUGUCUGAGAAUUCUGCCUUAGGCAAUGGACAUUAAUUGUAAUGAUGCCUUCAUGAUUAAUGUCAUUCAUAUUUUAAUCUGAAGAGAAAAUUAUUUUGCGCAAAGGUCAAAAUCAUUUUGCCAUAGAAAUAUGACAUCAGACAUGGAAAAAAUUUUGAAACUAGUAAACUGUCCUCAUAGAUUGUAAAAGUGGAUUUUAAAAUUCUCUCAGAAAUAAAUUUUCUUGGCUGACAGUUCCCUCCCCCUCCCCAUGCAGUCAAUGUAAUGUGACGUUCUUUGUAUUGCUAAAUUGGAUAAAAAACUAACUUUAAAAAGUUCUUGAAUAAGUUUAAUAAUUUAACUCUACAAUGAAAUUUUUAGUGCACAGUUGAAGUUAGAGGGUAUGAUCUUUUGCAAAUGAGGCCUUGUCAAAAUUAUAAAUUCAAAAAAGUUGGAGAGGGAGCUAAGUGACAGAUUAACGAGUCAGAUGCAUGGGUUUGUGCUUCUUCUAGUCCUCUAAUUUAUCAUUGCUGUGAUGACUGGCAAGUCACUUAACCUCUUUGAGCCUCCUUUUCUUCUUGAGUAAAGUGGGGGUGAAACUUCGUAGAGUUGCCAAGAGAAUAAAAUGAGACAUGAGUGGGAAAGCACUUUAUACUAUAAAACACCGUCAGGUUGUGAAGCAUUCUCAUAGGUCUUUGUGUCUUACACUUCCCUUUCUGUUCCCUUUUCUUUUCUGAGCCCUGGCCCCCAGCCCUGCCCAACUUUCCCUUCAUGCCUGUUAUAACCAGUUUCUCUAUAAUCAAAAGAUGGAAGUUUCUGGGAUCCUCACUUAUAGGUUGACUGCAAUGUAUUUACACCAAUCUAUCUCAAGUAUUUAUAUUUUUGAGCCCUUUAUUCUUACUAGUGGGAUGGCUUUUUCUUAUGUAAAAGGGCUUUAGGUGUAGUUAGCAUACAGGAGAGAGAAUUAACUCUAAGUCUGUGAAACAAUAUUGUGCCAAGACUGAUCCCCAAAAGAGUUGGGCCAGGAGGAACAAUAUGGUUCCCCACCUACAUUCCUUACCUAAAUCUCCCUUAAACCCAACCCCUUUGUCUUCAGUCUUUUCCUCUUGCUCCCAAAUGUCAUGGACCUAGCGGCUACCAUUGCCCUGUUGAUUCUCCUUCGGCAUCUGAGAUUCCCAAGGCCCAAUCACAGCCUCAUGGCCAAAGCGUUUCUUCUGCCUCCAGUUUUCUAGCACUUAAUUCUUCCAGCUAUAUAAUAAAAGGAAGAGAAGCUCAAGAGCCGUCAGCAUAUUUCACUGGUAGGUCUCUAAGUGGGAACCAGAGAACUCAGGCUGUUGAGACCUUUCAAGAUAGACAUUUGAUUUUAUACGUGUGUCAGUAUAAGAAUGGAUGGAAAAAGAUGAAGCAGUGUGUGAUAUAGGAACAUGAAAGUGAAGAGAGGAAAACUCAUGAUUUGGUUUGUGUUGAAGUGGACUAACCAUGAGUUAUUUGUGUAAACUGUUUACCAUUUUGCCUAGCUACCUUAUACCACAACAUUGAUUAUCAUUAAAUCAUUAAACCAUUCAAAUUGA